CAAACCACUCAACCGACAAACGGGAGUCUCUUUUCCAUACACAGUGCAUAUACACCAUACAGAGCAGAAGCCAGUCGUUGGAACACAUCAAAUAUUUCGAGUGGUGAAAUUCUGCAGAAUGGGGUCUUACUUUCUCUUGCCUGCCGUGCUGGCAUUUUUAGCCUUGACGCCAAUAUGUUACCUGACAGCGUCUGCAACUACAGUGGCCUUCUCCGUGGGCAAAUCUUCCAAUCAGGUAGUGCAUGGCUUGGCCGUAAUCACCUUUGAUCGAGAGUUCGUCAAUGAGGGCAAUGCCUUUGAUCUACUCACAAGCACUUUCACCUGUCCCCAAGACGGUGUUUACGCUUUUCACUUGCACGGCUUGUCCGGAGGGACACACAGACGCUUCCUGGCGGGGAUUUACCACAACAACGACUUGAUGGUGACGGCUUACGCGAAGGUUCGAGAGUUCUGGUCGAUGGGCGGGAACACAGUGCUGUUGUCGUUGCGUGUCGGGGACGCAGUUCAGGUGAAGUUUGUGUACGGUCAGAACGAACUCUACGGCGACAACACCGAGCUCUACACAACCUUCUCUGGUUAUCUUUUGUCAUCAUCUUGAUAAAUGACCACGAGAAGGAAAAACAACCAACCUGUCAAUACAGGACAACUCCAAUGGGACUAAAAGUUCAGCUAUGAAAAUGACAGGGAGUAAUACAUAAGAUCAGAAAUCUAUUUCACGAAUUAAAACUCCAUAUCAGCUGAAAAGUGAGCAACACUUCCUGUCAAUUACGGCAUCAUUGAAAAUAUAUUCAUACCCAAACGUUGUAGCACUUGAACCACUGGUGUUUUCUUACAAACCGAACUGGAAGACAAGCAUAGAGAAAUGCCAGACUGCUUCCUAACCUGCCAGCAGUCCACAACACAGUGUAGAUUCUGUAUUGUAUUCUGUAUGUUCAAUAAAAACCAUGCUUUUAGAAAAUAAAAACGCUUGACAGCAAUAGU